ACACAAGUACAAAACAUAAACAAGCGGUCUGAGAAACCCAACUCCAACUCUCUCCAACAUCCCAUGAUGAAUCAAUCAAACACAAACCCCCCCACUUUCACUCUUACAAACUGCGGCCAGUGUGGCGUCGACGCGCGCCCCUUCCUCCACCACAUCCACCACCACGGCCUCUUCCGCCGCCUCUGCACCGCGUGUCUCCUACGCGCCAACUCCCAAGCCUUCUGCCCCUCCUGCUUCACCCUCCACGACCCACGCGCCGUCUCACGCGCCCCGGAAACCUCAACCUCCUGUGCCAAAUGUGGCUCUGUUUCACACAGUGUGUGUGUGGGGGAAAACCCUUGUAAGGAGAAUUACAUAUGUCCCUUGUGCACUUCUCAGUUUUCUCCGAUUUUCGGGUGGAAAAGUGGGGGGAAUCAAGGGGAGAUUGAUAGGAAGAGUGCAGCUGCAUUGCUUGCUGCUGCCAAGAUUUCGUAUGAUUCGAUGAGUAAGGCUUCUAGUAUUGCGAAAUUGGAGGCGGAUAAGAGGGUGAAGGAGGCGAAUUCUACGCGAAAAAGGGCUAAGGAGGCCCUUGAUCAUGUGGCCUUUGUGGUGGAGAAUUUGAGGGUUGAGGGGAAUGUGAGGAAUGGAGUGAUGGGGUGUGGGGGAAAUGUAGGGGAGAGGAAGUUGUUUGAUAGGGUGGAUAAUUCGAGUGCGGUUUUGGCUGCGUUUAAUGCUGUGGAUUUGAGGGAGAAGGGGAGGCAGGAUGGGGUGGUUAAUGGGAAUGGACUGUUGGGUGUUGGGGUGGUGCCGAUGGGAGUUGGAGGUAAUGGGAAUGGGAAUGGGAGGGAGGUGGUUCCGGUUGUGGAUGCUAGGCCUAUUACGGUUGUGGAUCCAUUUGUGCAGAAUGGUCAUCCGAGAGAAGGGAAUCGUGGUCCAUUACAGUGAUUUUGUUGUGUUGGAUGUGAAAUGACAGGUAGCUUCGGCUUCAUAGGGCAGUUCUGCUGGUCUAAUUGACCCUUCUGAUCAACAGUGUAAAAGAACUAGGUUCUUUGUGUAGGUUUGUCUUUGUCAGAUGGUCAAAUCUCUAGUAUACUAGUUGAAUCUCUAGCAUCUCUGAAGUUUUUGAAGGAACUUGUGUGAUGUUUGUGUAUGUUCUUUGUUUGAAAAUGUCCAAAUCUGGAUUUGUUACAAGUAGCUAUUGGAUUUUAUGAUAUAUGAAAGUUGCAGGACAUAUUAUAGCAAAA